AUGUCGUCUUCAUUAAAUUCUCAUAAUAAUUAUCAUCGAACACAUGUACGUGAUUCAUCAUUUUAUCAACAAAAUCAAUCCCUACUUGAAACAAUAUCACCUGAGUCUUCAUCGCCAACUAGUAUAACACUAAAAUCUGAUAACUACCAUCGUUCAUCAACAUCAAAAAAAAAACAUAAACAUCAUCGGCAACGAUCAUCCGACAAAGAUAGCGAUAACGAUAAUCAUAAAUCUCGUCGAACAACAUCAUCACAUCGUUCAUCACCAAAUGAUAUUAACACCGAUAGUCGAAAUUCUCAACGUUCAUCAUCAUCAAAACAUUCUCGACAUGAACCAACAUCAAGUCGUUAUUAUCAUAAUGCUCAACAACAUCGUCAUACAUUCGAUGCACCAUUAACAACAUCACAAUCAAAUGAUAUUGAUUUUGAUAUAAUAAAUAAAAAACGUAAACAUGAUCAUAUUGAUAACGAUCGUUAUAGUAAUCAUCGUUCAUCGAAAAAACAUCGACGAUCAAGUCCAUCAACAAUUUAUUCUUCACAUCAUUAUCGUUCAGGAAGUUCAAAACAUCGACGAAGAUCAUCAUCAUCUUCCGUAUCAUCACGUUCAAGUGAUAAUAAUCAAUAUUCACCAACAAAUGAUUAUGGACAUAAUCAACAUGGAAAGUUAACAAAAGGAACACUUGGUUCAGAACUUGAUAAAUUAAGACCAAAAACAACUAAAAAUAAAACUGUAUCACAAACUAUAGCAACAUUAAAUAAUCAAACACAAAAUGAUCAAAUAAAUAAUAAUGAUAAAAAUAUUAAAUCAUCUGGUACAUCGUUAACAUCUACUUCGAAUACAAGUCGUUUCGAUUUGAAUGCACAUCGUCGACCAACAUCAUCAUCAAAUUUCACAAUUGUACCACCACCUGGUGGUCAAACUCAUUUAACACGUUCAUUACCAAUGCCACCAGAUUAUCAACAAGAUUCUCCUCCAUCUUCAAGUCCAAUAAAUCCAUCACCAACUCAUACAUUUUCUCAUUCGACAUCAACAAAUAAAAUUUAUUCAUCCAAUCAAUCUGAUAAACCAAUGCAACGACCUUUAAUUCUUCAACGUCGUGACGAUAUGCGUAAAAAUCAAUGGGAUGAUCGUAAUGUUGAUAUGUAUGAAAUCUUAGCUAAAAUUGGUGAAGGUACUUAUGGCGAAGUAUUUAAAGCACGAGAAAAAGAAACCGGUGACUUAUGUGCAUUAAAAAAGGUCCGAUUAGAAAAUGAAAAAGAAGGUUUUCCAAUAACAGCUGUUCGUGAAAUUCAAAUUCUUCGUCAAUUAACUCAUGAAAAUAUAGUUAAUUUAAAAGAAAUUGUUAUGGAUGCACGUUCAAUAUCAGAUAUACGAAAUGAUACAUCAUUUUAUCUAGUUUUUGAAUAUUGUGAUCAUGAUUUAUUUGGUUUACUUGAUUCGGGUUUAAUUCAACUUGAUUUAGAACAUAUUGCUUCAUUUAUGUAUCAAAUUAUGUCUGGUUUAGCUUAUUGUCAUAAUCGAAAUUUUUUACAUCGUGAUAUUAAAUGUUCAAAUAUUUUAUUAAAUAAUAAUGGAAAAAUUAAAUUAGCUGAUUUUGGUCUUGCAAGAUUAUAUAAUGCUGAUGAUAAAGAUCGACCAUAUACAAAUAAAGUUAUUACACUAUGGUAUAGACCACCAGAAUUAUUACUUGGAGAAGAAAGAUAUGGACCAGCGAUUGAUAUUUGGAGUUGUGGAUGUAUUCUGGGUGAAUUAUUUCAGCGUCGACCUUUAUUUCAAGCACAACGUGAAGAUGAUCAAUUAGAAAUGAUUUCACGUUUAUGUGGUUCACCAACACCAGCAGUAUGGCCAGAUGUUAUACAUUUGCCUUUUUUUGCAACAUUAAAACAAAGAAAAACUUAUAAAAGAAGAUUACGUGAAGAAUUUCAAUAUCUUGUUGAACCUGCUUUGGAUUUAUUAGAUCGUAUGCUUGAAUUAGAUCCAUCAAAACGAAUAAGUGCAUCUGAUGCUCUAGAGUCAUAUUGGCUUAAAAGUAUUAGUGACGAUACAAUGAAAGCACCAUCUUUACCAACUACACAAGACUGUCAUGAAAUGUGGAGUAAAGAACAUAAACGAUUAUCACGUCGUGGUUGGAAUGAAAAUGAAAUUCAAGCACAUUUUAAAGAGCGUGAAAUUAUUGAAUAUCAAAGAUAUAAUCUAUCGAAUGAUAUGCAAAUGGAUAGUCCUGAUCCAACAACUAUUAUUACUGACAGGUAG